GGAGAAUUGCUGAUGUUGUGUUUCCGGUUGAGACUGGCUGGCAUGUGGUGGGUGUUUGCAUCAUCGCUAUUAGCCACAUAUUAAGACCAAGCUGUGACAUUUGAAAUUGUUUGACUGAAAUGAAGUAAGGGAAUUAUCAAAUAUAAGAAAAAAUCAAAAUGGAGGCUGCAACAGCAUCUCAGGUCAGUGGUGGACUACGCAUUAACUUGGAUGAACCACGAUAUGAUCAGAAUACUUUUAGUGGGCGAGCCAAGCACUUCUUCAUCACAACAAAUCCACUGAAUUUAUUUUGUUCCAAUAAAACUUUGGAAGAAGCAAAAAUCUUGGUAGAGCAAUACAGGAAUGGCCAGGAGCCUGCAGGGCUUACAGAGGAUCAGAUCUGGAGAGCCAAGCACAUCUAUGACUCUGCCUACCACCCAGAUACGAAGGAAAAGAUGUUCAUCAUUGGCCGUAUGUCAGCACAGGUGCCCAUGAACAUGAGCAUCACAGGAUGUAUGAUGACCUUCUACAAGUCAACACCAGCUGUUAUAUUCUGGCAGUGGAUUAACCAGUCUUUUAAUGCAGUCGUCAACUAUACCAACAGGAGUGGAGAUCAUCCUAUACCAGUAAAACAUUUAGGUUUGUCAUAUGUACUGGCAACAGGAGGUGCUUUGGUCACGGCCUUAGGACUAAAUAGUCAAGUACAUAGAUUCCCUCCCCUGAUAGCCCGCUAUGUCCCAUUCUCUGCAGUGGCUGCUGCUAACUGUAUCAAUAUACCCUGCAUGAGAAGCCAAGAAAUGAUCUCAGGGAUUCCAGUGUUUGAUGAAAAUGGAAAUAGACUGGGCACUUCACAAAAAGCUGCAAAGAAAGCAAUUUUUCAAGUUGUCUUCUCUAGAGUUUGUAUGGCCAUGCCUGGCAUGUUGACUCCACCAAUUAUAAUGCAGAGAUUAGAGAAAGGUAGCCUUUUAAUGAAGUAUCCAUGGUUGAAUGCUCCAAUUCAGGUUGGAUUGGUAGGGGCGUUUCUGGUUUUUGCUACUCCUUUAUGCUGUGCACUGUUUCCACAAAAGAGUUCCAUGGCAAUGUCUCACCUUGAACCAGAACUACAGGAGAAACUAGCUGCCCUACCCAAUCCACCUAGCACUGUGUAUUUCAAUAAAGGUCUCUGAUGUUGUUAUACAUUUUUGCCAUAAAGCAGCUACAGAGGAUAAUGGAUCUUCCAGUCUCUUAAUAACAUGGCGCUAAUAUUGCAUUUUAAUAGAGUGUCUUAAAUGGGGUUGUCCCCUUGUAUCCAGUAUAUCUUCAAUUUAAAAUUUACCAUGAGAUGAUUGUUUUUAAGGCAAAUUGAUUUCGAAGACUUCUGUCAAAAACAGCCACAUUAUAAAAUUGGAAGAUUUAAGACUUGUGUGCAAAUAUUGUAAGCCUCCUAAUCUCAAACAUAUUAUGAUUGUGCUUUAGCAUAAAAACAUCAUUUCCUGAUAUGGAAAAUCAUGAAUUAAUAAUAAUAUGAACUUUAUAUUUCAAUGGAAAUAUUAUGAAAUAUGAAUUUUUAAAAUUAUUUCAUUGAUAACAAUGAAACAUCUGUAGAAGUAUACAUCUGUUGUUAUAUCAGUUUGUAUAGUAUUACAUGGUUUAAAAGCAAAUGUCAUGAUGUAUCUUAAAGCAAUCGGUCAAAGACAGUUGUUGGUAGAAUUAUAUAGCACUUAAGUUUUACAAUGUGAUCAUGUGUGCCAAGUAUUGUAUGCAAUCAGUGGGUGUGGUUAUCAUAUUACUGCCCGAGAACAAAAAAUGUUUACCUUGUUAUAUAUUUGGGAUGAUGUGACACUGCACACUUUUUGUUGGGUAUGAGGACUAAAUGCAUUUUCUUUUUAAUUAUAAAAUUCAAACUGAAUAAAUGCCACACUAAGUA